AUGAAACAGAUUUUAACUUUUUUUAUCUUUAUCUAUUUACUGAAAUGCAUUGAACAACAGACUUAUUCGUCUUUAAAUCAAGAUCCAUUUGAAUAUUUUCGGAAACUUGCUCGAGAUGUUCAAAAUUACCCGCAAUGUGAUUUCAUUCCACCAUAUAAAAUUCAACUCGAUUCGUCAUUCUUCGAUGUGGAUUUAAGACAAUGGCAACGAAAGAAGGACCCUCCACCAAUUCAUCGGACUCUCGAAGCAUUUGUGCAAUUAGAUACCUUAAGACAGAGUACUUAUUUCAGUCACAUCCUACAAGGCAAUAGUCAAGCUAAAGUGCCAGGUAUUCUUUACUUUUAUUUAUCUGCUGCUGCACAAUUGCAUACUCUUAAACAGUUAAGUCUCAUUAAUGGUAAAUCUCUUGACGCCGUUCAAAGUGUUCGUUAUGCAUUUGAUUCGAAUGAAGUCUUUCGAGUGCCAUGGUAUAAGAUUGGUGGUAGUUUUAUGAAUUUUGAGCGUCCAUUCGCUGUUUAUGCUUUUGGAACAGAAUCUCCUCAACAUCUCUCGAUAGUUGAUAUCGGUGUUGGACCAUUUGCAACCAAUGAUUAUACAAUACGGUUUUACGAACAUUUCAACCGAGUUUAUAAUAAUCCGUUGAAAACUUUUCGAACUUAUCAGGAAUAUUUCAAUGCACUGAUACAAACAUGGUUAACCCAAACUCGAACGGACCAAGAUGAUUUGGCUGAUUGGGGAAAAGAAACGAAGGAAUACAAUAAUCUAUUACAAUUUGAAAAUUAUUUUCCUUUGCCUUAUCGAUCCGUACCACAGCCUGAACGAACUGAUAUCAUCGAUCAACGAUCCGAUUUCAAUCGAGUUUUUCCCUACGCAGAUUUAGUCUAUGAAUACUAUCGAGAUAGAAACUAUUAUCGAUAUGCGCGAGGAUGGUUUCUCAAUCAUACACAAGCUGAAUCAAAUCAAAAUGCGUUGUCGUAUGGAGUUUUACCUGAUCGCAUUCAACGGAAUGUGCUUUUGCCUAUGUUUGAGCAAGCACGAUGGACUGGACCGUACAUUUUUUGUCCAUUAAAUCCAAGACAAUGGCUUGUCUCUUCUAUUCAACCAAUUUGGGCAGCAAAUCACUUCAACUACAAAAAUCCAAUCGCUUUUCAAAAUAACCGACGUUAUAAUUUUGCUGGUGUCACCAAUGUUGAACUUGAUUAUAUACAACUAGAUGUAAAUCAAUGUCCAGGCGAUCACAUGCGCAAUUUCUACGCGAAUUCAGCCGUAUGUGAUCGAAAUGCUUAUUGCGAGCCACUGCCUGGUUUUAGUUUACAAAGUGGUGGUUAUCAAUGCUCGUGCCAUCCAAACUUUCGCUAUCCAUCGAACAUUCGCAUACCAUAUCGACCUGCAUAUGAUAAAUACAAUUCCAGAUUGUCGCCUGUAUGUCAACCCGUACGACUGCUCACGCAGUAUCCAACAUGGCAAGUCGAACGUACAAAACGACAUCAGACUCGGCGAUCAAUCGCUCGACCGAAUCUAUUUGAAAAACUUCGCUCAUUGAUCUUCAAACGUCCGUCGGGAUGUCCACCAUGGUCACAUAUUGCUAUGUUACCUGACGAACAAAAUGAUGAUGAAAAUAUUCGAUUUAUCAACGAUAUGACUCGCCAUGUCGAUCGUAUUGCCCGACCAUUCACGCUGCAAGCUGUACGAUUAGCUCAUCUCUUUUCUAGCUAUUUAGCACUGUACCGACCAGAUCGAGAUCCAGCAAAUGACGGCUUUCUCGAUCGUCGACCUGAUCCUCCAUUGACUGAACAAUGGAUUGAAUCAGAAAUAAUGAGCACUGGUUUGGCAUAUUCACAAUUAUUAGAAAUUGGGAUUUAUUUAAACGGAUCAGAAUAUGAAAGACAAAAUCCCUUUCAACAACGUGGUGAACCACUGGAAGGGCAAACCGAAUUCGGUUAUCGAACAAGUGUCUUUCGACAGAUGAACUAUGGGCUAUCAUUCAUUCGUUUCGAUGAAAAUGAAGACAAAUAUAUUCUUAAUCGAACACUGGAUGGUAGUUAUUUAAAUAAAGGUACCUGGUACGACAAAGCCAUGUUAGCGAGAAGCAACAUCGAAACAGCUAGAUAUAGUGUAUCAAUGGCUAUGCGAAGAGAUAUACUAGGCACACAAUUGAUCAAAUUACCUACAUUAUUGUACGACGCACCAACAACUGGUGUUUGGUUCGGUCCUUAUCAUGACUGUUCGUACACAAAACAUACAGCAAAUACUAUGGUCCGCUGGCGAUACUCCGUGCCAAUAUUCAAAGAAGUCGCUCGUUUACCUGUUGGUUUUGUUUCGAUUGUUUUCGGUUCUAAUCUACGUUGGUAUGCAAUCAAUCCAUGCGAUGCAUCAACAGGAGUCAAUGCUUACAACGGAUUUCAAGGUCUUCACAAAUGCCACCGUGAAACAACUGAAUGUCGGUAUCAAAGUAUACCGGAACAAGAAACAGGCUUUGAUUUAGCAAGUUAUCGAUGCGUUUGUAAGCCUGGUUACGAAUAUCCAUUUGGUUCAAUGAAGAACUACUUUGAAGGUGCAAUCAUAGAACGUGAAUAUUUGAAAAUGUUGAGUGGAGAAACAAAUGCUUAUGAAAAUAUGCAGUGUCGACCAAUAGAUCAAGAAUUAGAACCACGAUAUUUCAUGUCAGAUAACUACCACAUGAAGGCUAAACGAUGGCAAAUAGCAACAUACACCGAUACUUGGAGAAAGAAUAACUGCCUGCGACAACUUGAUUUUGCGUUCUUCUUUAUUUCCCUGUGUCUUGUCAUGUAUGAACUCAAUCAUCGAAAUUGUACCGAACCUCUAAAUGCCAUGCUCGAGUUCGAUAUACCUCACGAACCAUUACAAUUCGUGGACUCAACCAUUGAUGGAGCACUUCGUGAUCAAUGUUCAUUUGUUGCUAUUGACACAGAUGCACCAUGCAAGGAAGUUGUGGGUGUUAUACUCAACGGAAUCAGUCAACGUUCAGCACCUGAAGAAUUAGUGACUUAUCCAUCGGAGAAAUUAGCAUUGAUUUUUUCCAUAAUCGACAAAGUUUCGGAAAAGCAUAAUUUAUUCGAUCUUUAUCAAACCGAUCGAUUGUUUCAUUGUGAUAUUAUUAACGUCGAUGAAAAACAACGCGGCCACAACCUAAGCGCUCGAUUGAUCAAAGCCUCGUUGGAUAAAGCCAAGCAGUUAGGUGUCAAAGGUGCCUCCGUUGCAUGUACGAGUUUAUUUUCUCGAAAAGCUUUUAUGCGACAAGGCUUUGAAGUUGUCAAUGAGCUUGCCUUUUCAACAUAUGGAGAUGAACGAUUGAAGAAUAUGGGCGUACAUGAUCGAUGUACUCUGCUAGGGAGAAAACUGUAA